CAUUACAUCAAAAUUCGUUCACAGGAUCGCACGUGCGGUCAAUAACUAAAAAAAUGACAACCUUCAAGAACACUAAAAUUAAACAGUUUUCGGUGUCUAUUUUAUACGACGCCAAACUGAAGACAAGUUUUUGUUGGCGGUAUUUUGGUGAUUUAGUUAUCGAAGAGGAUAAUAGAAAGAGGAAAGUGUGCAAUGAUCAAGUGUUUUGCAAUGCAUGCUUGUCUGGUGCCAAAGAAGAGAAUGAUGAAAUAUCAUUUGGAUUUUUUUCAUUUUGGCCAUCGACAUCGCGAUCGUCAUAGUCCAUCGUCAUGAUGAGAGAAUGCUGAACUUCGCAAAGAAAAGGAUAAAUAUUUGUUCGUUCGUAAUUCGUAUUGAAAUUUGCAACAAACAAUAUAGUAUGUUACUUGUAUAAUAAUUAGUUAAAACUAACUACCUAAACUAACUACUCGUAAUUAACUUAAAAUUAAAUCUAUCCUAUCUAACCUAACCUAACUAGCUAAGCUAACUUAAAUGCAAAUUAACUGGGUGUAACUAAUUUAAGAUAAAAUCUAACCUAUGUAACUAGCUUAGCUAACUUAGGUAAAUGCAAACUAAUUUCUUGUACAAAUAAAAUAAAAUCUAACCUACGUAUUUACGUAGGUGUGUACCUUUGUUUUUGCUUCGUGGUGUGUACCUACAGUAUUGCUUGAAUGAUGGAUGCGGGUGGUUAUGGUAAAUAAAAUGUAAAAUCCUUGUUUGUUUGAUAAAUAGUGAAUAGGUAUUAUAAAUUACAACAUCUGCGUUGUCAUUAUGCACUGUCUAUUUUAAUCAAUUUUAAUAAAAGGUUGUUUGGUAUUGCGCUAUAGAUAUAGGUUUGUUAUAUUGCAAGCUAUAGGUUUGUUAAUUUGUUUAAUGGGUUUGGGUUGUCCUUGUUUCAAUAUAGCAUUUUGCAUGUGGUUGUUGCAUCUUUCUAUUAAACUUGUUUCAGGGCUAAAAUAAAAUCUUACGUCAAAACUGUCAGUACAGGCAAUCUUAUCAAACAUUUAAGAGAUUUCCAUAAUUUAAAAGAAGAAAGUUCUGGUAAAGCUACAAGAAAUAUCGAGCAGUUUUUUCAAAUACAACCACGCCGCUCACAAACAACAGUUGGAACUCCAAGCAGCUCAUUGAUAAAAAAUAAAGAUUCAUGGUUACUUGCACGAGAUAUGGCUCUCUGGUUUUGCAAGUCUUUAAUGCCGUUCGAUUCGGUAUCAGAUGAAGGCAUGAACGAUUUUUUCCAAAAAUAUGACAUCAUCAGUUGUAAAGAAGAUAUGCCCUCUAGAGACACAGUGUCUCGCACUGCUCUCGACGAUGUCUAUGAAAGUAUGCUGGAGAAUGUGAAAGUUCAAAUCAAAACAGAUGCGGCUGGACAUGCCGCUAUCACGUUUGAUUUGUGGACUGAUCAGUAUAGACAUCUGAGCUACAUAACGUUCACUCUUCAUUACUUAACUGCUGAUUUUGAGUUAAAAUCAUUCACGUUGUGCACUAAGCUUAUCGAGGGCAAAAAGACGGGAGCUAAAAUUCAAGAAACAUUAAACGAGACAAAAGAGUGCUUUGAUCUCCAGGAAAAAGUACUCCACUCCGUGACGGAUGCAGGGUCAAAUGUUAAACGCGCCAUUUCGCUUGCCGCACUGGACAGCCAUUUGUGCUUAGGGCACGCAUUGCACAACCUGGUAACUGUAGACGGUAUUGGCAGUGUUCCUGAAUUAGCAGAUUUAAUAAAAAAGUGUAAAAAGAUUGUGAAAACCGUUCGUUAUCGUUUACCGGACUUGGAGCGAGAGGCAGAAAAAGAACAGAUUCAAUUUCUACAGUCUCUAGAGCGCGUAUCAGAACAUUUGGAAAUGGAUGAAAAUGAGCCAAUUAUUGAUGAUGAGGUGUCGGAUUCACAUUCAGUUUCAGGACUACAAACGAACAGCGAUGAAUUUGGUAGCAUAAACCAUGUGCCAAGUAUCAAAACUUCGUCGCCAACCCGUUGGCAUAGUAUGCUAGCUAUGCUAGAAAGUCUAGCACACUUUUGCAACAGAAAUCCUGUUAAUAAUUUAUUAGCACAAGUCAAUCAACAUGAUUUAAAAAUUUACCAACAGGAGUGGAACUUGUUAGAAGAUCUUAUUCGGUUUCUACGUAAAUUCCGUGAAGUAGUGGAAAUGCUAUCGACACAAAAAACAGCUUCGCUUAAUUUGGCCCUUGUGUUUCGUUUGGAAAUCAGAGAUAUCCUCAAUUCUUUAUCAGACGAAGAAACGCUAAUAAUGCUAUCACUGAAAAAUAAAAUGUUGGCAAAAUUAGACAAACGAUUCCCAAUCACUGAUAAAAUUGUUGUUUCGGCAUUGUUGGAUCCUCGUUUUAUAAGCUUGAGUCAGAUUGAUUCGUACCUUGAACAAAAAAAUACUACUCGUGCUGCAUUUCUGGCAGAGUACAUAAAAAUACAGCCCAAUAUUUCAAAUCAUUCCACGAUGGUGGCUACAUCACCUCCUGCUGUUCUUGCUAGUACUUCUAAUGAAUCUAUUUUGUCAAAGCUUUCCAAGAAACACAGCAGCAGCAGCACUAGCUCUAUUUUAACUUCUGUUGAGUUUAAUGAAGUUGAUCAAGAAUGCUGGAGGUACUUGGCAGCUGCUAAUGCUAGUGACGUUGUAGACGACGAUGUCCUACAGUAUUGGCGAAAUAAAUCAAAAACAUUUCCUCACUUGAGCCAACUGGCAAGGGCUAUUCUGGCAAUCCCUGCUACCAGUACGCCUAGCGAGCGCGUUUUUUCUAUAGCGGGACUUACUGUAACAGCUAAAAGGUCUAGGCUUAACCCAGUGCGCGUAAAUAAAAUAAUUUUUAUUCACGACAACUAUACAUUGUGCAAAAACGAUUUAAAUGCAUAA